AUGAACAUCGAUAUAAAACUUCUACUACUUCUAUAUUAUAGUUUCUUUCUAUUUUCACAAGGCGAAGGUUCGCAUAUAGACGCUGAAGACCUGGAAAAAGUGAAGCUCGACAAAAAAGGAUAUGAAAAAGUUAAAACAAUCCACAUGAACUGGUAUAUCCAUUCAAUGAAGGCUUUGAUUGCCCAAUUGUCGAAGAAUCUCCUACCCAAACUCGAUCGCAAUAUCAAAGAGAAUCUGCUCGGGUGUUUUUCGCGAAUUUACGACAAAAAGGACCUCGUCGAAUCGUCGAAGUGCCUCUUGGAAGCCAAACAGCACUACGAGUUGGUUAAAUUGAGGCGACGAGGGUUGAGGAGAAGGAAACAAUUGAAAGCGAUUCGCCUGUUUCCACAGUUCUGGCGGCAGCGUCGCGCGAAGCGCAGCCUCAAACGCCUUGUUAUCGAUACCGUAUCCAAAAGCGAUUCGCACGGAUACUUUGUUAAAAAUAUGGACUAUAUGCCAAAAUUAAAAACUGCAAAGGAAGUGAGAAGUCCCGUUCAAAAAGUUACAAACUUGAUAAUGAGUCUGACAAAUAAACGGAAAGAAACGAAUAAUGGGGGUUCAUGGAUAGACACAUAUAAGGCAUUGCUAACACUCAAGAAGAAGAUGAAUCGGAAAGAGAAGGAAUCUGGAGCACGCGUCUACAAUCAGAGAAUGUACGACCUUGUGCUGGACUUGCCAGUAAAAAAGAGCGUCGAACUUGAAGUGUUCGAUAAGGUGAAAAUGUCCGGAAUUAUGCGGAGCGCGUUUGAUCUGAUGUCGUCGAUUGAAGGAAGUGCGAAGAAUGGCGGAUCAUCGAACUUUAAGUUUCUCAGCCCUCGAUUCGCGUCGAUAAUGCCGGACAAGAAUGAGAAUCGCGGGAAGUUGUCUCCAUCGAUAUUGUCGUUUUAUAAUGAUGAUUCUGAAGACCAAAUUCUGCCUAUUCCAAAGUUGAUGGAAAGCGCCGGUCUCGGCGGCAAAGAUCGCGAUUCGGUGAUCGAGUUGGCGAUGGAGCUAUCCGGCGCCAAAGGAAUCGUCGACGAGGCGCUGAAAAUUCUGAAGAGCGUCGAUUUGCCGGAACUCGACGUCGCGGUGACGGAGCACGCGAAAAAAUCAAUGACGAUGGUCGACGAAAUCAAAAAAUCCUACAACGGACGCCAGAAGAAGGAGCUCGACAACAAAGGGUUCACACUAAUUGAGCCGCAUCAAAUGCGGAAGCUCAUGGCGGAGCAGGGAAUCGCGCAUCGCCGCGACAUUUUCAACGUCGAUGAGUACGAGUCGAUGACGCGCGUUCAACGCAAAAACAUGGUUUGGGAUAUGGUCCGUCAAAUCGCCUAUGGAGGGAAUCACACGAUUCGCCGGAAGCGGCAGAACUUCGGACCGCACUUCCUCUCCCCUACCGUUCUCUCGCCAGUUCUAUUCACCCCGAUUUAUGGAUUGAAUGUUCUAGGCCCAACGGUGCUAUCCCCUGGUUUGUUCACACCGCUGAUCCUGAACCCCUCGGUGCUUUCGCCGUAUGUGUUCUCGCCGACCGUCGGCAUCCCAUUCAUCGUCUCGCCAUACGUCCUCUCGCCGUACGUGUUCUCGCCGCUAGUCAUGGCUCCGUUCAUCCUAACCCCCUAUGUUAUAUCGCCAAAUGUGUUUAACCCAUACGUGUUGUCGCCGUUGAUCCUAUCGCCGUUGGUGAUUUGUCCCGACGUCGUCUCGCCGAUGACGCUCGGCGGAGCAAUUUUGUCGCCCGGUGUCUUGUCCCCGUCGGUUUUGUCCAAAAGCUAUCUAAUGGCUAGUGUUCUGUCGCCGUCAUUCCUAUCAUAG